GUGAGACGUCAGCGGUGUCCCGGAUGAGCGCAGGCGUCGUGAGGCGUUUUGUCAGUGUUAACUCGUUCCGUGCGUCAGGCGCGUUUCUCUCGUGUUUAUUGUCGGUUUAUUCUCCGUAUUUUCUCAUUAACUCCUCGCUGUUAGAGUCAUGAGGCUGCUGCAGAAGCUGUUGCUGCUGCUCUUACUGGCGUUUCCCGCCGCCCUCCUGCUGAAGGGGCCGGUUGUUUCUGCACAGGAUGCUACUGAUGAAGAGGAGGCUGUGGAUGAAGAUGGAGCUGAUGAUGUGAUGGCUGAGGAUGAGGAUGAUGAAGCUGAGGUGGAGGAUGAUGAUAACACUGAACUAACGGAAGAAAAGGAGGAAGAGGAGGAAGAAGCUCUGGUGGGAGAGAUGAAGGCUUCACCCAACGCUGACACCACCAUCCUCUUCGUCAAAGGAGAAGAUUUUCCCGCCAACAACAUCGUGAAGUUCCUGCUGGGAUUCACUAAUAAAGGCUCGGAGAUGUUCGUGGUGGAGUCUCUGGACGCUUCGUUCCGUUACCCGCAGGACUUCCAGUUCUACAUCCAGAACUUCACAGCGCUGCAGCUGGGGACCGAGGUUCCUCCUCAGCGUCAGGCCUCCUUCGAGUACUCCUUCAUCCCUGCGGAGCCCAUGGGGGGGCGGCCCUUCGGCCUCGUCAUCAACCUCAACUACAGGGACAGCAGCGGGAACGUGUUCCAGGACGCUGUGUUCAAUCAGACGGUCACCAUCACUGAGAGAGAGGACGGUCUGGACGGAGAGACGAUCUUCUUGUACGUGUUCCUGGCGGGUCUCGGUCUGCUGCUGGUGGUCGGCCUUCAUCAGCUGCUCGAGUCACGCAAGAGGAGACGGCCCGCAGCUAAAGUGGAGAUGGGAACGUCCAGUCACAAUGAUGUGGACAUGAGCUGGAUCCCACAGGAAACACUCAACCAGAUCAUGGCGAGUCGGAGAGAUAAAGCGUCUCCAAGACAGUCUCCACGCAAGAGGACUCAGAAACGCUCGGCCGGAUCAGACGAGUGAGAGACGCACCAUCUUCAUCAUCAUCAUCAUCAUCUGUGUUUACAGUGAGACGGAGUCUGUCCAUCACUGGACGCCAGCAGAGACUGAUACACACACACACACACACACACACACACACACAGGCUGUUUUUUUAAGUGAAAGUGAGCGAGGAGUGAGCGCUCAAUCUUCUGUAGGGUUAGUUUAGUAAUGAGGAGUGUCUGGAUUCUUCUGUGAGGACUGAUGGGACGUGUCCGAGCCUUCAUCACGUCUCUCUGCCGUUUCUUCUCUUCACUCCGUGUCCUGAUGAUGACUGGUUUAAAGGCAGGAGUCUGAUUUAAUUUCUCUGGUUUUCUUCAUGGUUUGCGUGUCUCUGGUCACGCGAGCGCUUCCUUCUGACGGUGUGUUCCUCCUCGGGACGGAGGAAGACUGUCUGCUUUUGUUUUGUUUCUUGAUCAAUCUAAUAAUGUCACGGUAUUGUACA